AUGCAGCAAAUCAUAUUAGCUUAUAUAUUGGGAAUCUUAGCUGUCACAUCCGGGCAGUUAGAAGAAUAUGUUGAGGUAAAUACUACUUUAGGGCAGUUACGAGGCGAAGUAGUCGAUUUUGCUGGUUGGUAUCCAGAUGGUGUUAUAAACACGAUGGUUGUGACAGAAUGGGCGGGUAUUCCAUACGCCCAGCCUCCAGUGGGUGAUUUAAGAUGGCAGCCUCCUGUAGCCAUGAGUUCAUGGACUGGGGUAAGAGAUGCUUUGAAUUUCAAUGUGAUUUGCUACCAGAGAGACAUCGAUUCGUAUUAUGGAGUGCCAGUUGAAAUAUCUGAAGAUUGUUUGUAUCUGAGCGUCUGGACGCCAGGUGACGCUGUGGAUCCAUCAAAUUUGAACCUAAGUGUCAUGUUUUAUAUCCAUGGUGGAGCGUUCCAGUUGGGCACCGGUAUGAAUCCUCUCCAAUUUGGCGGCUACCUUGCUAGUGAUCAGAACGUUGUUGUAGUUGGAAUAAACUAUCGCCUUGGGGUGAUGGGGUUCUUCUCCACCGAGGAUGACACUGCUCCUGGUAACUACGGACUCAUGGACAUCAUUGAAGCGUUGCGAUGGACUAAAGCUAACAUUCGGAACUUUGGAGGCAAUCCUGACUCAAUUACCAUAUUUGGGCAGUCAGCUGGUGGGGCGGCUGUUUCAUAUUUGUUACUUUCUCCACCUGCGAAUGGUUUGUUCAACAGAGCUAUCAGUCAGAGUGGUAUAGCAACUAUGUAUUGGGCCGUAGCUAAAGAUUACCUAAGGGAACUAUCCGCCUCACUGGCAACCGAAAUGAACUGCCCUCCUGAUAAUUCCCCAGGGAUGGUAACGUGCCUAAGAGGCAGGGAUCCAUGGGAAGUUACUAAUACCUCCCUUGAGCUUAAUUUAAUUUAUCAAAAUACACGUGAUGAUACCCAGAGCGUUUUUGCCCCGAGGAUAGAUGGCAACAUUGUUCCCGAUGAUCCACUGACGCUUUUAGCAAAUGGUCAGUUUCAACCAGUGGACUUUAUGACUGGUAUUACAAGCCACGAGUCCUGGCCAUACAGACACAUGUGGUAUAUCAUGAUCCCUGGGAUCAGACGCUGGGUGGAGCGUGGAAUUAAUUCGGACGAUUUCGACCACCUGACGGCACAUUGGAUGCGAUUCCUUAACUACCCUGCCCGUCGAACAGAGGUAUUGGCGGCUAUAAAACAACAAUAUGACAUAGAUUAUGAUCAAGGAGUAGACAGUUUAGAAAGAUCCGCUGGUUAUAUGAACUUUCUUAGUGACUUCCAAUUUAUUGCACAUAACGAUCGAUUUGCCCGAUUAUACGCUGAUAGGGCUGGAUCGAGUAAUGUAUUCAACUACUACUUCUCGCCACGGGUGUCCGUGGACCAGCGUGUAAUCUGGGAAGCCACGGUGCCAAAUUGGAUUCUGGCUAGCCACGCUGACGACCUCGCGUUCGUGUUCGGUAAAGCCAAGUAUACGAUGGAAGACCGGGUGACAGCCGAGGAACGCGAUCUGAGUGAUGCAAUGAUGAAAACUUGGGCUGAUUUUGCUAAAACAGGAAAUCCGGGUUCACUAGCAGGGGUUGCAUGGCCGCCAUUUUCGUCAGCAAGCCCCUCAUACUUGGACAUUACAGCGCCACUGGACAAUAUUAGCGUCAUAACUUCCUUCUUCCCAGAGCGGAUGAGUUUUUGGCGGGAAACUAUCUGGCCAAUUCUAGAUAGACCACCAGCAGAAGAGUGAUGUCAUUCUAAACUACUCGCCGGGAGAGACCAGUGACGUUUAAAGCUUAAAAAACCUCAUCAUUAUCAAUUCGUUCUUUUGUGUG